AUGGAGCAGGGCAACAUCAAAAAUGCCAUGAGAAUAUUGGAGCCAAUGGCUCUAAAUUCUGCAGACAGGCUUAGUGCUUUGAAGAAUAGGCACCCAAAAGCGCCAUUAGACAGAAAACCAAGUCCGGACAAGAAACCUACAAAUGAUAAAGGCAUGCUUCUCAAAUAUCAAACUAAUCUGGCUGGUGCCAUGGUUCGCAAAUAUAAGCAAACUUCCGAACGAGGAAAAUAUGGAGACGAGUUGCUUGCAACCGGUUUGCAAACUAUUGCAAAUGGAAAAUCUCUGAUUCUUGUAAGCCAAGAACUUAGUAUUCCAGCGCGAACAUCACAGAGAUAA